UCAAAGGCAAGUUCAAACAAAGGCAGCCGUGUCGUUUCAGGUUGAGGUCAAGCCUGGAGACUGACAAAAGAAAAGCUCAAGAAUAUGACGCAGAAAACAAGUGGACGGGUGUUAAAAUGGAAGGGAUGGCACGCGAGUCGAUGCCGACGAUGAUCAGCAAAGUGAAAAGCGCCAUGUCCUCGCUGGUGGGAGGGAUGAUGCCCCACGGCCACCAUCACCACCACCACCAUCCCAAUCAUCACGGCGGAGGCGGCGGCGGCUCGCAGCCGGGAGGAGCCGACGGCCUGCCGCCGCGCUUCCCCUACGGCCGCCCGGACUUCCUGGAGCUCACCCCGGAGCUUCUGCAGUACUCCACCGAGCACGCCUCGCGGCCGGUGCUCACGCUCAAACGGGGAAGCAGACUCCCCUGGCACACUGGAUAUGCCGAGGUGAUUAACGCCGGCAAGAGCAUGCUGAACGAGGACCAGGCCUCCUGCGAGAAGCUGUUUGUGAGGAAGCCCAGCGGGAAACAGCGCAACUCAACUCUGCAGGAGGACAACGGGGACAGCACGGGUAUCCCCCUUUAUUUCUGGGGCAUCUUUGAUGGCCAUGCUGGUUCAGGCGCAGCCAUCGUGGCCUCCAAGCUGCUCCAUCGCCUCAUCCGGGACCGACUGGGUGAGAUCUUCCACUUGCUGACCAACAACAGCGGGGCGCCAUUGCCAAUUUGCUUGGCGAAGAAUGGCAGCCCGUACCAGCCCGAGGUCAAGAAAGGCUCGGCGCAGGAAACUGAGGAACCUGAUGCGGUCAGCGAUUCGGCCGUGCGCUAUCACAUGGAGAAGGUGGUCAGUCUGGAGAGUCUUGUGAUGGGUGUCAUUGAGACAGCAUUCAAGCAGAUGGAUGACCUGAUCGAAAAGGAGAAAGCGUCGUACGCCAUCUCUGGUGGCUGUUGUGCCUUAGCUGCCAUCCAUCUAAUGGGGAAAAUCUAUGUGGCAAAUGCUGGAGAUAGCAGAGCUAUAAUAAUCCGGAAUAAGGAAAUUGUUCCCAUGACCAACGAGUUUACACCAGAGUCAGAGAGACAACGACUACAAUAUCUGGGCUACCUGAGGCCAGAGCUCCUCGGAAAUGAGUUCACUCACAUUGAGUUCCCGCGCAGGAUUCAGCACAGCGAGCUGGGCAAGAAGAUGCUAUACAGAGACCACACCAUGAGUGGCUGGGCUUACAAGACAAUCGUUGAAGACGAUCUAAAAUUUCCGCUCAUAUAUGGAGAAGGUAAAAAGGCAAGAGUCAUGGCGACUAUUGGAGUGACCCGCGGUUUGGGGGAUCAUGAUCUGAAGGUGUACAGCUCCAACAUUUACAUCAAACCAUUCCUCUCGUGCGUCCCCGAGGUGCAGGUCUAUGACUUUGACGACCACAAACACGGUCCAGACGACGUCCUCAUCAUGGGCUCAGACGGGCUGUGGGAUGUAACUACAGACAAGGAUGUGGCGGACGCUGUCACUUCCUAUCUGGAAUGUUGCGACCCCUCGGACCCCAUGAGGUACACUUUAGCUGCACAAGACCUACUGAUGCGCUCCCGAGGAGUUCUGAAAGAGCGCGGCUGGCGGCUCCCCAACGAAAGGCUGGGCUCGGGCGACGACAUCACUGUGUUCGUCGUCCCACUGGCAGGACAUGAGGCAGAGACAUGAGAUGAGAAAUCUCCUGGCUUAAGAAACAAAGCAGACCGACCGGCCAGCUGGCCCUCCCUCGCAAGAAGACUCGGGUUGGAGCAUCAUCUUCAUCCACCUCUAGAUUUUCACCUCCCGAUUCCUAACAGGAGAUUGUCCAGCGGUGUCCUCCUCCUCAGUUGCUCGUAGUUCUUCCAGUUUACAUUCAAGGCUGGGCAGCUAGUUGAAAAACUCAGUAUAGACUAUACAUCUUCACACCUCUCCCAAAUGCGAUUCCUUUUUGUGAAAAACAGCCUGUCUGUAGCGUAAAGAAUGUGAGGAAACCAAAGAGAUGCCUUCGUGGCACCAGGAUAGAAGGAAAAUAUUAUGAAAAAAUAGAAGCAAGACUUUUUUCUGCUCCACAUAAUCAUCAGUCUGUACUCUCCUUUUUUGGUUAUGGAGGUAAAACAGCACUUGAAGAAUGUUUGCACAUAUGAUGUCUUUUUUUUUGUCAAAAAGAGCAAAUAAUGUACUAAUGUUAAGCAUGAAGGAUCGCAAUCUUUGUUUUCGGAGAGUAUUGAGGUCUAGGUAUUGUAAGCUGUGAUAACAGUCACACAUAUGCCUUAUGAAAAUAUGCCGAUAGUGUUUGUAUUAUUACACCAUGCGAGGAUAUGACUUACUGUAUACCUCUCUUUUUUGUCAUCAUUGUUUAGAUCCUCCAUAUAUUUUUAAAGAGUACAAUACCGUUUUAUUUCUAUCUUUCUUAUCCAUAAGUGCUUGUUUAGGAAGGUUGUAGACCGACAGAAAUGUGAACGAUGUCAUGUUCCUCUUUAAAAAUAAAUCACAAUGUUAGCAUUUGUCUGUCGGGAAUAUUCAU